GAUUGUUCAAGCUUACAAAGCGGUGCCUGCAGAGAGGAUUCGAAAUUUGGUGCAACUCUCCAGCUUUAUUUUGGUAUAACACAAGUAGGGGACGAUUCCUGGUAUUCUAAACGGUUUAUUUUAUGGCCUAAUUCGGAAAACUCAGACUGCUAACUUGUACGUUGAGGAGCGAUGAGUGACCGGUGGUGCAGCAUGAUGCCGCAGGAGUGGCGCAAAAUUGUGCACCACGAGGUGAAAGUGUCAGCGCACGAUAAUCAGCAGUAUGAAGGCUGGGUGUUCACCGUGGAUCCUGUGUCUGCAAGUGUUGUCCUUGUGGCCUUCCAGGAGAAAGGAGGUGCCUGUGUGAAGGUGGUGUUGGGCCACGCUGUGAGGGAGGUGCAGGUCCUCAGGGAAGGAGAUGAGGAAAUGGAGAAGAAGCUGAAGUCUCUCUUCACACCCACUGGCAGCCAGUCUUUUAGUGCAAAGGAGCUGAAGGAGCGCAAGGAGAACCUGCGUGCGUGGCUGGAGAAAAACCUCAUUCCUGUUACAGAUGAGGGAGAUGUUCUGCAGGUGGCUAACGUACUGACCAUCAGCGCCCCCUAUGGAGUGGAGCAGUGCAUCAGCAGCAAUGAAAUCAUUCUGGCCAGAGUGCAGAGUCUUGUGGAAAGCAACCCAGGACAAAAGGACCAACAGUAGGACUUGCAUUCCAAGCAAAUCAUAUUGUACCCUCUCUGUGAGAGCAGCUCAUAAGUAAUGUAAGCCUCAAAAAGGAGUGCUGGAUCUAACGUCCACUGGACUUUGCUUAUGCCUGUUUAGCAAAGUUGCAGAAAGUUAGACACUGAGGUUUUUUGCUUCAGAACAUUUGAUAUGCAUCAUCUUUCCCAGUAGAGUAUACAGUAUAGCCUUUUCAGCAGAUGACUGGAUGCUGGUACAGUACUGUGCAAAAGAGCCCAACCUUUAUUUAUUUAUUUUUCAGUCAGAACAAUCAUUUUUUUUAUGUGAAAGUCGAAGGAAAAAACGUGAAAAAACAGGAGCUUCCAAAACUGGAGAUCAAGAGCCCAGAUCUCAACAUUAUUGAAUGAGUCUAGAAUUACUUGUAUUGUGAGAAUCAGAAAAUUCAACCAAAUACUAGGACUGAACUUUGCAGAUGUCGAAAAAUAUCCCUGCAGAUUUCUUUGAAUUAUUGAAAGCAGGUAUCCUUAAAAGAAUGGAAGCAGUAAUAAAAGCAAGGGUGGUCACACUAAUUGCAGACAGUGUUGGUAUUAUAUUUAGCUGGGUCGUGUGUAACGUUCUCUAAAUAUAGGUUUUCUGCUUUUUUGCUGAUGCUGAAAAAUGAAUAACUUGUACUUAAUGGCCAUUUUGAAGUUAAAUAAAUGAAGGGUGGCCUAUGACUUGGCCACAGCACUGUAGGUUGUCUGAUGGCACACACUGAUCAGACAAAUAAAAUUAAGAUGAUUUAAGCUUUACUACCUACUCUGCUCUGAAUGUGACCAGUAAUUGCUGACAAAAAUAGUGUUUUCUCAGAGGAACUGUCCACUGAUUUAGACACUCAGGACAGGAAAAAUGUGUGUGUUUUCUUGGCUGGUUGUUCACAUGAGUAUAAACCUUAGCUAUUAUUGUUGUUAUGUUGCCUUAUAGUUAAAUUUCAACAAUAUUUUAAGUUGGGAAGGUUAAAACUGAUGUUAAACUUGCUUAAGUACAAUUUAUGUAUGUUUGUUUCACCACUUUAUAAUAAAUAUUUGCAACACUAUAAAUGUUAUGUCAGUUUGAGUAUAACAGUAAAUAGGUGUAGAAAUGAAAGAUGAAGUGAGACACACACAGGCUGGUUUGGACAGUGAUAACCUUCCAUUACUUGUUAGCCACAAUUAGCUUUGUAUCUCCAGAGUGAAACUCUGGUCAAAUGAAUAACUUGUACUUAAUGGGCAUUUUGACUUAAAAUUAAAUAAAUGAGGGGUGGCCUGUAACUUUGGCACCGUACUGUGGGUUGUCUGAUGGCACACAGUGAUCAGACAAAUAAAAUUCAGAUGAUUUGAGCUUUACUACCUACUCUACUCUGAGCAGGUGUUGCCUGCUUGACUAUGUGAUAUAAAAUCAAAUCUUUUGCUUAAUUCAUCUCCACUGCAAGCAAAGCUCUGUCCCAAAUAGCACCAUAAUCUUGUUCUGCAAAAUCAUAUCCUGCCCUUUACAAGCCUCAUAUUACAUUAGAAUAAAAUGAAUCGCAAAACAUUAAACAACGUCCCCAUUGGCCAGAAAGUUUGUCCAGUUAUUUUUGUUCUUCUUACUUUUAUAUUAAGGAUGGACUGUCCAGUUUAAAUGCAGUAAUCAGUAAAUAAUUCAGAAGUGCUAUCCAAAUACUUUCAGCCCUGACUCUAAAUUUAACUAUGAUGUAAAUUUGUAAAUACAGAGAAACAUCCGUAUAAAUUGUUCUCUACCAUAAGGUCAUCUACAAACUGUUAAAAAGGGGAACUCCACCGAUUUUUCAAAAUUUCUGCAUAAUUAACAUUAAUAAUGAUGUAAACAGAGUGAGAGUGGUUUGCUGCGAAAUACUCCGUUGUAGAGAAACUUAACAAGUAAGAAUUGUUCACAGUGGUGGUGAUGGAUGAAGAGUUCAAUGCCUAAGAGUUUAAGUUGAUAAAAUGGUCAGAAAUAUAUUGCCUGAUGCUGGAGACAUCUUUUUAUGAUGGUUCUGAGAAGCUUUUAGACUAACAUGUUCUUUUAAUCCAUUCAUGACGGAGAAAUAUAUGCUGGGUGUUGUAAGGUACAACAGUCUAUAAAAAUGUAUAUAUAUAUAUAUACACACACACACACACACACACACACACACACAGAUUCUGUCUUCGUAUGUGAAAAUUCAAUGGAGGGGUGAUUUUUACAUUAACUUCACUUUUUAUAAAUGUAUGCAGAUGAAUGCCUCAUGUACGAGCAGCAGUUUCAGUGCGCUUCAGGGGUUAGGGUACACAAUUUGUGAACAUUGUUUUUAUAAAUGAGUCAUAUACAAAUUCUGAGAACUUCUCUGAAAAAUAAAUUCAGAACGAAAUUAAAAUGCAUUUUAAAAAUAAGGCCCAAGGUUCCCAUCUCCACCACUGUAAACAAACCUGAGUCAGUAUGUUUCUCCAGAAGGCAGAAUUUCACAUCAAACUGUUUUGAAUUGCUUUAUAUCUCAAUGAUUAAAUUAUACAGAUAGUUUGAAAAAUUCUCCUUUAACGUUUCACUCCAUCAACACAUGAUCUAUAGACUCUGGAAACUGGGCUGUAUUUAACUGCACUGGCACUGCAGUCAACUAUAUAGUUUCACAACUUUGCACACCGUACAGUGGUAUAAACACUUUUAUUCCCUUGUUUUAAGAAGGCAAUCGUUUUUCUUUUUUCUUUUUUCGUCUUUACAUACUUAUUGGCAAAACAGAAAUGAUUCAGAAAAUAAACGUUCUAACACAUAAAGG